GAAGGAUGUCGAACGUGUGACCCGGACGCUAUAGGCGGGUUGUGGGGGUCUGAGGUCUCUCCAUUGUCCCCGCCGCCGUCGACGUUAGGUCUGCGUCCGCCCUUCCUUACGGUCCUUCAUUUUGCUGUGAUAUAUACCCUCGAUCGUGCAACCCGUUCUCUAUCUCGUAACAAAAGGGAAACCUCAAGAACGAAAGAUUACUGCACAAUCUAUCUAAAGUCACGAAUCAAGAAAGCAAUACUUAGGACACGUUUGUUUGAGAUCCCUUCACGAUGUGGUGCGAUAACUGUCUACUAUUGCUCCCUCUGCGCGCCGGCGCGAUUGCAUGGGCUGUAAUUAUAGCUCUAUACAGCAUCGCAGGUGGUAUAUUCCUUCUCAAAUGGGGUCAAUACCUAUACUUCUUCUAUCCUGAAUGGUUGAUCUAUGGUGGUAUUGGAAUGGGUGUCGGAGCUACUGCAGUAAUUACCAUUUUGGCUCUGUCAAAUCGGUCGUACGUCUGGACACGAGUAACCAAGUUCCUAUGGCCGUUCAUCAUCGUCAUUUCUGCGGUCCGAGCCAUCCUGAUGAUCGUCCAACUCCAACGUGGGAAAGACAAGAUUCAAUGGGAAUGUGACAACGGAGGACAGCUGUGGACUGAAUCAGCUGCCGCGGGCUACGGUGCAAAUUCUUCUUUCCCAGGUGGCUUUUGCACAACAGGCUUCUCGAGUCUCAACGCGGCGUUCAUCGUUUCACUGCUGGUCGACCUUGGCUUCCAGAGACGAAUCUGUUCGGACGCUAUUAGGCUUUCAUCCCUGCGGCUCGCGGAUCAAAAUGCUCAGCAGCGUCAUGUUCUUCCUGCAUUCUCCCAAUCCGUACAACAUCCCGACCUUGUGCUCACCAAUUUUCUUCACCUUUGACAGAUGUACAUGUACUUCAUGGUAUGGCGAUUCCAAAAACGACUGGAACAUUACCAGAACAUGAAAGGUCCCUUCUAUGGCGGUUAUUACAAUGCUUAAUCUCGCCGCGUCAAGAAUCAUCCAUGAGCCACUUUCUCCUCGAUCUUGAUGCAGCGAUUGUAGUUCCGCGACGGGGACCUUGGCUAGUUUUGUCUUUCAUGUUGUCUUCGGGUUCCUACUGUGUUCCGAUGCGCCCCGCUGUCUUUCUCUGUUCCGACUUACGAUAUGACCCAGGAUAGUUUCCAUUUUCCCCAUUUGACACUCUCGACUUCUGUCUCUUUCUGUCUCUACUACCUCUUUUGACGACCCUCACGUUUACGACUUGUUUACGACCUACUGCUUACGACCCUCCUAACGACAUGACCCUGUGCUUUUGUUAUUUGUUACUUAUUGCUGAAUGAUAUCUCUUUGCUACUCUGUACUCCACUGUUUUGCUCUGGAUCUCGUUUCGUGGCCCACUCAUGAUGACAUCCUAUCCCUCGACUGGCCCUGUGGCCCCCCACGACUCCCGUCCGAUCGCCACUGAUUGCAAAUUCCCGUCCUGAAAGCCUCGGUCUCGAAUCUACUCAUGAAGGUCUUGUGGUCUUCAAACGUAUGCAUUCAGCUUGGACUUCCUGUCCGUCUGACCAUAGUCAAGUUGCCUCGCCUCAACUGACCGUGACGGAGUUGGACCCAUAUGUAUGCGCGCUAGCGUUCUGAGCAAAGUUCCAAACGCUCGCGGAAGCAUUUC